GCAGUUUCACCAAGGUUAGGUGUUCCACCAGCUCCUGUCAAAAAUAGCAUUUGGUCAAGUCCUUAUAUAAGAUAUGGUCUCCCACUAGGUUUGCUAGCUACAGCAGGAGCAGUUAUGAUGUUGAAAAGAAAUAAAGCAAAUGUUAUAAAUAAUACUGAAGUAGCUGAAGUUAAACAAACUCCAACACCUUCGUCAAAACCAACGCCUUCACAAGCAAAACCUUCAAUGACUCCUGAACCUAUGGAAGUACAAACUCCUGUUCAAAAGUCAACUCCUAAACCGACUCCAACAUUUAAACCAGAACCUACGCCUCAAAUAAAUCGUAAAACUCCUGCGUUUCCUUACUGA